AUGAAGAGUCCUCUCCCUGUACUGAGCUGGGUUAGAGCGGCGAGCUUGUUCCUGUGCUUGACCCAGACCGUCCUGGCCAUGGUCCUCACCAACUCCACAAGUCUCGAGUCCAUCCUGGACAAGUACAGGGACAAGGAUGAGGAGUGGUGGAAGGCGAGGCCGAGAGGGAAGAGGGCCAUCAGCGAGGGAGACAUGCACCUCAUUCUGGACCUGCACAACAAGCUGCGUGGUCAGGUCCACCCCCCUGCUUCCAACAUGGAGUACAUGGUAUGGGAUUACGAGUUAGAGAGGAGCGCAGAGCACUGGGCACAUACCUGCCGAUGGGAACAUGGACCGAGCCACAUGUUGACCCAAAUAGGCCAAAACCUUGGAGCGCACUGGGGCAGGGACCGCCCCCCUACCUAUCACGUCCAGGCCUGGUACGAUGAGGUGAGAUACUACAGCUAUCCCUACUCCCAGGAGUGUAACCCACACUGCCCAUUCAGAUGUUCAGGACCUGUAUGCACCCACUACACUCAGUUGGUGUGGGCAACUAGUAAUCGUAUUGGGUGCGCCAUCAACGUAUGUUACAACAUGAACGUGUGGGGAAUGAUCUGGGCCAAAGCUGUCUAUCUGGUCUGCAACUACUCUCCACCGGGGAACUGGUGGGGUCAUGCUCCAUAUAAAUAUGGAACUCCCUGCUCUGCCUGUCCAGCCAGCUACGCUGGAGGCUGCAGGGACAACCUCUGCUACAAAGAUGGGGGUGUGGACAGGCGUCCACCCCCUGAGAUUGAGGAGACUAAUUACAUUGAACCAGAACCCGAACCAGCGAGGGACAGGGAGCCCCAACCCAGGGCCCAGUCACCAGACCCCACACCCAGUGACAACCAAGAGAGAAACCAGGUUGUCAGCACAGAGCAGAUGUGCCAACAGGUCGACUGUGAGACUAAGCUGAGAGAUCAGUGCAAGGGAACAACCUGUAACAGAUAUGAGUGUCCACCUGGCUGCCUUGAUAGGCCGGGAAAAGUAGUUGGGACUGGAUAUUAUGACAUGCAAUCCAGUGUGUGUGGAGCUGGGUUACACUCAGGUGUUAUUGACAAUGAUGGAGGAUGGCUAGAUGUGACCAGACUGGGCAGAAAACAACAAUUCACCAAAUCAUACAAGAAUGGUAUCCAAUCAAUUGGGAAAAACAGAAGUGCAAAUUCCUUCAAAGUAGAGUCAGUGCCUGUCAAAGCAGUAAGAUGUGAUACCACCGUGGCCCUUUUCUGCCCUUUCAAGAAACCUGUACGACACUGUCCCAGGCUGUAUUGUCCCAGGGACUGUUUGCGUGACAGUCGAGCCCGAGUCAUUGGCACCAAGUAUUACUCAGAUAAAUCCAGUAUCUGCAGAACGGCCAUUCACGCUGGAGUGAUCCAGAAUGAGUCCGGAGGUUACCUUGAUGUGAUGCCAGUAGACAAAAGGAGACAGUACAGUGGCAGUCAUCAGAAUGGCAUCACCUCAGAAAGCCUACUGAACCCGACAGGAGGAAAAGCCUUCAGAGUGUUUGCAGUCAUCUGAAAAACCACUCUCAAAGGGCAGAGUACCGUAAAACAUGUCCACUUCACAUCCAUCAAACCCUCUCAUUAUCAUCUUACAACCUGUAAUUACAUCCAUUCCUUACAGUAAAUA